GAUAGUACACGAUGUCCGAAUAUACGUUUUGAAAUUUCAAGUAUCAUGAUUGAAACAUUGUUCGAAGCCGGAUAUUCAGUGAAGGACACUAGUAUUGCACUUGGGGUUUCUGAAAGUACCUUAUUCCGGAAGAUGGGUCAAUUUGGCUUGUCAAAGCUCGCAUUUACAGAAAUUGAUGAAGAAGAACUAAACAUUGUUGUUGCCACGACCAUCACUGAAUUUCCUAGGUGUGGAGAAGAAAUGCUGCGAAAAGUUUUACUUCAAAAAGGAAUUAAGGUUCAACGUUUCAGGCUUCGUCAGUGUCUGAAACACCUAGACGAAGAUGGAAUUCGUGCACGAAAAAGAAGGCGAUUACGACGUCGCAUUUACAACGUUUCAGCUCCAAAUUGUUUAUGGCACAUUGACAGCAACCAUAAAUUAAUUCGAUGGCAUUUUGUUAUAAUAGGCGGCAUUGAUGGUUUCAGUCGUUUAGUUACAUAUCUUAGAUGCACGGACAACAACAAAGCGGAGACGGUUUUGCAUUGCUUCAGAGAUGGUGUUUCGAAAUUUGGAGUUCCUGACCGGGUCAGAUCAGAUCAAGGCCGUGAAAAUAUGAAGGUUGCCGACUUCAUGAUAAAUGCUCGCGGGACAGGACGUGGAAGUAUGCUCACUGGUAAAAGUACACACAAUCAACGUAUUGAACGAUUGUGGAGGGACGUGUAUGACGGAGUCUUGAGUUAUUUUUAUGACUUAUUUUACUUUUUUAUUAGAGGACAAUGGCCGGCUUGACAUUUUAAAUGAAAUAGACUUGUUUGCACUUCAUUACGUAUUUAUUUCAAAGAUAAAUGAAAGGUUAAACACCUGGCAAGGUGCAUGGAAUCACCAUCGAAUACGAACAGUGAACUCAACACCAAUGCGGCUUUACACGGCCGGUAUGAUGGACAACCCAUCAGCACAUGUUGAUGAUAUUCUUCCAAACACUCGUACAGAAUCUUCGUCUGAUGAGGAUAUGGAGUCCCUGGACAACAGGCCAGUAUUAUCAUCUCUUCAAAUUAGUGUUGAAGAAAACCGGAUGCGACGGCUCCACGAGCUAUGUCCUCAAAACUGGAGGUCAAACAAUCACGGCAUAGACAUCUUUUUGACAGCUAAACAGAUAGUAAGUGAAUGACAACACAAUUGAUUGCUCGAUUUUUACAAGCUGCUUUAUGAUUUCCAAGCGAAGUUUAAGGGGCCUGUUCAUAGACGUUUAACCUUUGCAGAAAGUGUUUUCGUGACAUCUAUACCAACAUACGUUUCAAUUAUCAAAGCAAUUUAUUUAGUCCCCGAUAUGUAAA